AGCUACGUCACGUAUCGAGGACGCGCUCGAGCCAACACCACGCGACAGGGACUGACAAGAUGGCGAUCAUAUUAGAAACAGAGGAGUUACUGCCGUGAAGGAGAGGCUCGAUUUAAUAAACAGCUCCACCGGCUGUGGGUGUUUUGUUGUGGCUUAUUUACUCCGUUAACCUGAGGCUGUGUGGUGUACAGCCACUUGAGUCCAUGCAGUCACAAGGACAAACCAGACACCACGAUGCCCUGGGAGGGUCCCAUUUCUCAUCUCGCCAUGGUCACCAUGGUGAUAUGAAGCCAGUGUGAAACACUGACACACACACACAGACUCACACACAGACGGUCAGUUAUUGACUGACACAGCCAGCCAGCUCGGCAGGCAGGAGUGUGUAAUGGACAGGUGUAAGCAUGUGGGGCGGCUGCGGCUGGCCCCAGACCACUCCAUCCUCAACCCCCAGAAGUGGCACUGCGUCGACUGCAACACCACUGAGUCUAUAUGGGCCUGUCUGGGCUGUGCUCAUGUGGCUUGCGGGCGCUACAUCGAGGAACAUGCUUUGCAACACUUUCAGCAGCAGCGCCACCCAUUGGCUAUGGAGGUUAAUGAACUUUAUGUUUUUUGUUACUUGUGUGAUGACUAUGUCCUGAAUGAUAAUGCCACCGGAGACCUCAAGCUACUUCGUAGUACGCUCAGUGCCAUUCAGAGCCAGCGCUAUGAGGUUACCACCCGCAGUGGGCGCACCCUCCGCUCUGCCAGUGUCGCCCCUGAUGCCCUCAUGCCAUCCGGUGCCCGUGAGCUGCAGCUGAGGGACGAGGACAGGAUGUUUACUGCUCUUUGGCAUCGCCGCAGGGCGCUUAUGGGACGUGUCUUUCGCUUUUGGUUUGGACUGACUGAAUGUGGACAGAAGAGGGAGGAGGAAGAGAGGAAGAGGGAGGAGGAGGAGGAGCAGAAAAGGGAGGCGAGGGAAAGGAGGCGGGCUCUAAAGAGGCAGCUACAGGAGGAGCUGGAGAAUGCUCCUCUGAGGAAGAGUCGCCGUUUACGCCGGAAGAGCCAGAGAGUCGCAGAUGCGGCAGUCACAAUGCCAUCUCGGAGGGCACGCAACAAGACGAAAACUCCUGUGACCCCGACUCUCACCCGCAGGCCACGGACUCAAAGCCCUGCUGCUGCUACCCCCAAAAAAGCUAGACGGACGAAAAAGGUCCAACCAACUCCCAAGGUCCAAAGCCGUUCUACCACCAAAUCUAAACCCAAAACUCCCUCAGCAACCCCCCGUACUGCUCAGACACCUGUCCGCCGCAAGCAGAGUACCAAACAGGGCGGCUCACCAUUUAAGCGGCGUCCCACAGUCACUCCUGGAGUGACAGGCCUGAGGAAUUUAGGCAACACCUGUUAUAUGAACUCCAUCCUGCAGGUACUGAGUCACCUGCACGUCUUCAGGGAGUGCUUCCUGCGCCUGGACUUGACCCAGGCACUGGAGCUACUGGCAUCUGCCGUCCACGGCCAACUGGCAGGGAAGGCCUCGUCCCAUUCCCCCCUCUCCCAGAGGAAGGGACUUCAGACCAGCUCAGGCUCUGGGGCAGGGCUAAGCGGCGGGGCAUCACGGGCCCGCAGCAUGGAGCUGAUACAACCCAAAGAGCCCAGCUCAAAGCACAUUUCUCUUUGCCAUGAGCUGCACACCUUGUUCCAGGUCAUGUGGUCUGGCAAGUGGGCGCUGGUAUCGCCUUUUGCCAUGCUCCACUCAGUGUGGCAGCUGAUCCCGGCGUUCAGGGGCUACGCUCAGCAGGACGCUCAGGAGUUCCUGUGUGAGCUGCUGGACAAGGUGCAGCACGAGCUGGAGAGCACCGGCAAGCACACAACCACUGCAGGAGUCCCACAGACACAGAAACGACUCAUCAAGCAGGUGCUCAGUGUGGUCAACACCAUCUUUCAUGGCCAGCUUCUCAGCCAGGUGACGUGCCUGGCGUGCGACCAUCGCUCCAACACUGUGGAGCCUUUCUGGGAUCUGUCUCUGGAGUUCCCUGAGCGGUAUCACAGUAAUAGCAGGGAGUCAGCCGCGCAGGCUUCGUGCCACUUAACGGAAAUGCUGGCCAAGUUCACAGAGACUGAAGCGCUGGAGGGAAACAUCUAUGCCUGCGACCAGUGUAACUCUGCUCGACGGCGGACCUCCUCCAAACCAGUUAUCCUGACCGAAGCACAGAAACAGCUGAUGGUCCACAAACUGCCUCAGGUCCUGCGGCUUCACCUCAAACGCUUCAGGUGGUCUGGGCGGAACCACCGGGAGAAGAUCGGAGUCCACGUCAGCUUUGACCAGCUUCUCAACAUGGAGCCCUACUGCUGCCGGGAGCCCUCGCCCAAAGUUGUGCCCUGCUCCAGUCCCAGCAGCCCCAGCUCUCCUGGCUCACCGCGCCCCAAGCACUUCCUGUACGAACUCUCCGCCGUGGUGAUGCAUCAUGGGAAAGGCUUCGGCUCUGGCCACUACACUGCCUACUGCUACAACACAGAAGGAGGCUUCUGGGUUCACUGUAAUGACUCUAAGCUGAAUGUGUGUUCAGUGGAGGAGGUGUGCCGAGCUCAGGCCUACAUCCUCUUCUACACACAGCGAGUAACUCAGGACAAAGACCGGCCGCUAUAGGACCACAAUCCCCACCCACCACCCCUUCUCCUCCUCCUCCUCCUCCUCCUCCUCCUCCUCCUCCUCCUCCGCUGCAGCCUGACCACUCAGCGAGACGAUAUCAGCACAGCCCCACUUAUCGCUCUUUCUCUCUUCCCUCUCUGUCUUUGGGCAUUUUAUAUCCUGGGAGGAUGGGUCUUUUUAAGUCUAUUUUUCUAAAUAAGGAAAAGAAAACAGAGAGAAAGGACUCCUUUUUAAAACCUGGUUCUGCUUUGUGAACUUCUUGUAUAUGGUGUUUAUAUGUAGGUAUUUUCUGAAAAAAUGGUGAUGUUUGUGUUUUGUGUACAGUUGUAUUUUUUAUUAUAAAGAAGAGUAUCAGCCAAGAUGUGUCUCAGUAGCAGCCAACAGACUCUGGCUGGGCAUGACUACAUACAUACAAGUGUCCUCUACAGGUCAUACAGGUGUAUUCACGUGUCUGCCUACCUGCGUUGGUGGCUUGUUGAUUGUAAAUGCUGUUCGUUUGUUUAAAUCAACUGAAAUGUUUCUCAGUCACUUUAGAUAGUCAACACAGAACUGGAUGUAGGGUUGUACAAUGUUAUUCACUCACAAGAAAUGGCCUCCCUGUGUUCUAGACAGGAAAGUUUUGAUAGAUGUAAACAGAGUGACUGUAUUUAACCAGUUUCCUGCCAGAAAUGCACUAAUUACUGCAGAACAGAUUGUCAGCAUUGUUUUUUACUCAGACUCAGUGUUGGUACGUAGUUAAAGAUCUGUACACAAGCAGGACAGGAAGUUUAUUUUUCACUCUGAAGUACUCCUGGGUCUGUCAGGAAAAAAAAUGGCAGACCUGAAGCCAAAGCCUUGGGGGGAAUGUUUGGAAAAACCUCUCAGCAUUUCCAAAACGGUUCAGCGUUUUUUUUUUUUUUCCUCCUUCCUUUUAAGACUGAUUGGGGGGGGGGGGGGGGGGGAGUUUCCAAAGGGAUAAUUUUUUGGCUAAAUGCUGCCACCUUUCUACUCCAGAAUGUAAUUGUCUUCAGAGUUAGAAAUAUCCCCAACCAGAUGAUACUAGUGUACUAUAAAGUGCCCUUUUGUUGAAAAAAAACAACAACAUAUAUUUUUAUUGUUCAUAUCAAUUCAGCAAAGUGGAAUCUGCACAGCUGCAGCCCCACACAAACCAGCAUUUAGAUUAUGAAUGUAUUUUUUUACAGUCCUUCUCAGAGGUUUUAGAAAAGAGGCCACUGACUGUUUUAAAGUUUUAUACGUACAACCGCUAAUUGUUCAACACCACCAGCAGUUAUGACAGAUUUCACUGUUCACCAGUAAGUAGGUGUGUGUACUGUAUGCGUGCAAAUUGUAUUAUUUACCAUCUGUUUGGUAAAAUAUCCAGACUUAACAGGAUUUCUGCAGUGUAUACAGAUUGUGAUAUUUAUCUCCAUACUGGAGAAAAUUGUACAAAAAGAAAAAAAAAAAAAAUCUCCACCUCAAUCAUGUUCUCUCUGGAUUUAUCCAUGUGAGGGAAAUUCAAAGCACACUUCAUAUUGUUUUUCAUUCAUUCUUGUGACACAUUGUUUGUUGGCAUUUUUGGUUACUACUCCAUGGAUGUGUGUGUAAAUUUAUGGAAGUUAUACUAUGCAAAUUGUUACCUCAAUUUUUUUCUAGAGAAAAUUACCUCAAUAAAUGAGAAUAUUUUUUCAUUUUUCUACAAAA